CUCGUUGCACGACAUGCUUGCCGGGCCCUUCGUUCCCCCGCUACAGAAAUCGAUAGAUCCAUGGUUGCUCUGGACAAUGAGCCGACUGCCCACUUGUUGGUCCAAACCCCUCAGGCCACUUGAAUCCAACAUGAUUUGUAUUGCUCAGUCAGAAUCAGUCAGAGACAUGGGAGAUGCAAAUCUAUCCCGUGAGAUGCUCGACACCUUGGGUAACUACUCGCCAAGGUGGUCUGCAGAGAAAUUGUCUACCAAAAGCAGAGGUACCGGAACAACACAUCAGCAAUACCGGUAUCUCGUAGUACGUACAGAUAAACGUCUCGGCUUAGCUAACCCACCAGCUUCUGCUCCGAUAAGACACCCGUGGGCCCGGGGAAGCACGGAAGCAACUUGCCAUCUCGGCCAGGGCCCGAACAAGGACCGACCAGCCUGCAUCGAUCGACAGCUGCCGUUGCAGUCGCAGUCAGUCUAUCGCGGUUGGUCUCCCAACAUUGAAACUAACGAUGCGCCAGGCGCCUUGGAGCACAGCCAUCCGGUCGUGUCUGCACCCUUCGGGCCUUCCCCCCUUCGCCCGCCGUAUAGCCUGCUGCACAUAUCGCAAACAGGACGUUGCGCCGUGCAGCCUCGCACUGCCAUCCUGGUCUCUUCUGACUCUGCCAUCGUGCCUCUUCAGGGUCUUUUCAACCUACACGUCGCUAUCGAGGACGACGUCCACCCUGCAAUUGUCGCUGCCCAGGAAACAACGGGAGCCUCACAUGACGAAUUAUUUUGGGAUUCUCUGGACGACUCAACCAACGCCUUGCAAGGGAUUGCCGACAGGGGCCACGGCGGCCAGCCUCCAGGAAGGCGAGCGGAAUCCACUCCGUACGAAGGGCGUCCCGGGCAAGUUCCUCUACCCUUCACCAUGCGCUACAGUGUGCUUCAAGUUCCCUCUCGUGCCUCUUCUGCUUUGUGGAAUGGGCUGCAAAUACCAGACAUGGCGCUCGUCCUUGUUGCUUCCCAUGCGCAUAUCCUGCACAAGAAAGAAAAUGCAAGCCUAGUAUCGCAGUUGACCACCUCAGCCCCAGGCUUGGAGGCUUCAACGGUGCGUCUCACUCUCGGCUUGGGCGGUCCGGGCUGGGGCGGUGGUGCGAGCUGCUCGGAGCGAGAGGCGUUUUCGGUGGCUUGA